CAUAAAUUAGAAAGGGAAAAAUAUUAUUUUUGUUUUUAUUUUUGUGUAUUGAGGCGAACCCACCGAGAAAAUUUUGAUGGCAACGGCGACGUCAACCGGCAAGGGCGGCAGCAGUAGCAGAGAUGGGACAGCGAAAACGAUGGUAGCUGAUCAAAUUACACAGUCUAUACAGUCUACUUCCAAUCUCCUCCAUCUCAUGCUUCAGUCUUCCCCAUCCCAGGCCGAACUGAUGAAGCUACCAAAGAGUCUUUUUGCCAAGACAUCUACUAUCAAGAAUACUGAGCUGGUAUUGGAGCAGCUACCUCAGGUGAUUUCAUCAUUGGAUGCUCAUAUGGACAACGGGUUAAAAAGUGUUCCUCAGCUGAAAACUGUAAUGCAGCUGCUCUCAAACAUAGAAAACUGCCAGCUCAAGACCUUAUCCAGGGCUCAAGCUAUUCAACAGGAGACUGAAUCAGUAGAGCAACCUCCAGAAGCCAACUAACCUUCCCUAGGAUGAUUCAAUAAAAUAUCAGAAUGCUGGGCAAGAAGUGGCAGGUUUCCUCGUCAUGGUUGGCAUUGGAAUUGCUACGUCAAUUCUUCUUAUAAGGGUGAUGUCCAAGUCAGGUUGCAGCAAACUCGGCUAUUCCGAGGAGUAUUGAAAUGUUUACAUCAUUCAGACAUACGAUUGCAUAGUACUGUAGGAUCAAGCAGAAAAAGUUCUUACCACUGAAAUUCCAGCUUAACAUUUGAUUAAGAUUGUUCUUCACCUAAUGAAGACAAAACGAUUCGAUAGGUAACAAACCACUAUUCGAUUUUAUUUUUAUUUUUUGGAUUUUGCAGGAACUGUGUUUGAUGGAGAUUUUGAAAUGGGUAAUGUUUUGACUUUUUACAAGAUUCGAAGAAU